AUACAAUUAAAUUUUCCAGCACAACAACCACAACCACCUGUAUUUAAGGACCUUCCAAACUUGUCAAUACAAUUAAAUUUUCCACCACAAGAACCACAACUACCUGUAUUUAAGGACCUUCCGCAUAAAGAGUAGAAAGUGUAAAGGUGGUUGCAGAACCCUAAGAUUACCACCCUCCUUUGACUAUAUCAUUUUGUUUUCUGUCCGUUUAUCACGAGCACUAUAUUGCAGCUGCACCUUCAUACACUCAGUACCCUGUAAUGAACCUGUCACCUGGCAAUACUCAUGGAAUGGCUUAGUUAGCAGAAGAGAGAGAAAAGGAGAAGUUAGUUACAAAUUAUCCAAGAAAUGCGGGUGUGAAGAAAGGCAGCAGCAGAGUGGUUAGGUGUGAAUUGUGAUUUUUUCUCUCCCUCUGAAUAUUCCCUGUGUUUCAUCCUUAUUUGUCUUUUCUGCUAUUUUUCAUAUUGGAAUUGUACUAGUCCUCACUGGUUGAGAGUGGAAUUUGCAUUUAGCAGAGCAAUAAAACAGCACAAUCUUAUUUCCAUCUUUCCUCUGUCGCAUUGCAUACCUUACAUACCCUUCUACUCCAUGGCUUUUCAAGCUCACCACCAACACUUCCUUCUUGUUCCCUUCAUGUCCCAAAGCCAUCUCAUUCCCUUCACACACUUGGCCAAAUUACUUGCAUCCAAUGGCGUCUCUGUCACCAUAGUCCUUACACCCCUUAAUGCAGCAAAGUUCAACACGCUCAUUGACCAAGCAAAAGCCUUAAAACUCAAAAUACAGUUUCAUGUACUACCCUUUCCUUCCGCAGAAGCAGGGUUACCAGAAGGGUGUGAAAACCUGGACACCCUUCCUUCCCCUCAAUACAAACACUUGUUUUUCUCUGCUUCCAAUAUGCUGAAAGAGCCACUUGAGAAAUGGCUCUCAGAGUUGGAAACACUUCCCACUUGCAUGGUUUCCGACAUAUGCUUACCUUGGACUACUACUGUUGCAUCGAAGUUCAAGAUACCGAGGGUUGUCUUCCACGGAAUCUCAUGCUUCGCCCUCUUGUGCUCACACAAGAUUGGCCAUUCCAAGGUGCAUGAAAAUGUCACCUCAAUGUCAGAGCCAUUCGUGGUGCCGGACUUGCCUGACGCAAUUGAAUUCACCAAGGCACAGUUACCUGGGGCAAUGAGUCAGGACUCGAAGGCUUGGAAGCACGCCGUUGAACAAUUCAAAGCUGGGGAACAUUCUGCAGCAGGGAUAUUGGUGAACACUUUUGAGGAGUUGGAGAAGAUGUACGUGAGAGGGUACGAGAAAGUGGGAAGAAAAAUUUGGUGUAUAGGACCACUUUCUUUACAUGACAAGUUAUUCUUGGAAAGGGCUGGGAGAGAUGGUAAUGAGACAUCACUGGAUGAAUCUGAAUGUCUAAAUUUUCUUUCUUCCAACAAGCCUUGUUCUGUGAUCUAUGUCUGUUUUGGAAGCUUGUGUCGCAUUAAUGCUUCACAACUAAAGGAGAUUGCUUUGGGCUUGGAAGCAUCAAGCCACCCCUUCAUUUGGGUGAUUGGAAAGAGUGAUUGUUCUCAAGAGAUAGAGAAAUGGUUAGAAGAAGAGAAUUUUCAAGAGAGGAAUAGAAGAAAGGGUGUCAUCAUUAGAGGAUGGGCACCACAAGUUGAGAUACUGUCCCAUCCUUCAACUGGUGGGUUCUUAUCUCAUUGUGGUUGGAAUUCAACACUGGAAGCAGUUUCUGCAGGGAUUCCAAUGAUAACUUGGCCAAUGUCUGCUGAGCAGUUCAUCAAUGAGAAGCUCAUUGUGCAAGUGCUGAAGAUUGGUGUGAGGAUUGGGGUUGAAGCUCCUGUAGACCCCAUGGAGACACAGAAAGCAUUGGUGAAGAAAGAGUGUGUGAAAAAGGCUGUUGACCAGCUCAUGGAGCAAGGUGGGGAUGGGGAACAGAGAAGGAACAGAGCUAGAGAGAUCAAAGAAAUGGCUCAGAAGGCAGUUGAAGAUGGUGGAUCAUCAGCUUCAAAUUGCGAAUUAUUUAUUCAAGAAAUUGGGGCAGUUGAAGAUGGUGGAUCAUCAGCUUCAAAAUAGCCAUGAGUCCAUCUUUUGGGUUUAUUUAAUAAAUAAAUUAGUCAUGGGUUCAUAUCCGUUGGUUUUAUUUUAUAAAGUAGAGCAAAUGCUUUUCCUACUACAUUUAUGUUCUUUCUAUGUAUUUUUUUUCUAAAAAAAAUUAAGUGAAUUGAAUUCUAAAGACUCAUCAGAGCAUACC